AUGUCAAAUCAAGAGAGAAAAGGGGGAAAUAAUAUUCUAUCAUUCUUUAAGCCAAGAAUUGAUAAUCCUUCAUCCUCCGAGAGGACCGAGACUAAUACAUCCAUUUCUAACGAAGAGUUCGAACCUCCUUCUAAAUCUCAAAGAGUUGAGUUUGAUGAAACUUCACUUGAACGAGAUCCUGGAUUGCGUAUUCCCAUGUGGAGACAUCCUAUUAAUCAUCGUGAUGAAAUUAGACGAGCUUAUAUCAAAAUGGGGUCAUAUCAACCCAAAUUGCAGGAGUACCCACGGUCUGAAUUAGGAAAGCAACAUCGUCGAUUUCAAUAUACAUGGUUUAAAAAAUUUCCAUGGUUAGAGUACUCUCCUUCAAAGGAUGCAGCAUUUUGUUUUCCAUACUAUCUUUUUGAAUUAAGUGAAGCACAACAAUCUGCAUUUACAAUAGAAGCGUUUAAAAGUUGGAAACGCGUUAAUGAUGGAGCCAAGUGUGCCUUUUUGUCGCAUAUGGGAAGUUAUAACUCAAUGCAUAAUAAAUCUGCAAAAUCAGUUGUUGAUGUGAUGAAUGUAACUCGGCAUAUAGAUAAAGUUAUGAAUCAAGAAUUUUCUGAACAGAUUCAAAAGAAUCGAUUAAGACUUGCGGCAACAAUUGAGAGUGUCCGUUGGCUUAGUUUGCAAGCAUGUGGAUUAAGAGGUCAUGAUGAAUCUUCAGCUUCUCAAAAUUGUGGUAAUUUCAUUGAGAUGCUAAAACUUUUGGGAAAAUGGAAUGCUAGUAUUGGUGAUGUAAUCUUAGAGAAAGCACCGGGAAAUGCAAAAUAUACCUCACCAGAAGUUCAAAAAGAAAUCUUGCAUAUUAUUGGUAAUAGAGUCAGAAACAAAAUUCGUGCUGAAAUUGGAGAUUCUAAGUUUUAUAUUUUGGUGGAUGAAGUGAAGGAUAUAUCUAACAAAGAAUAG